AUGACAGCCAUGUUUGCUUGUGUACUGCCUCUUCUUAACUCAAAAACCUCCUUUUCAUUAACACUCAAAAGUGUUACCUUAUAUUCUGCUUACCACCUUACAAAUUGUGGAAUCGUGACACUUUUCAAAAUGACUGAGUCCUUUGCAGUGCCGGGUGAAAGACUUGGCAGUUUAGAAGAUUAUGAGCCUGGUCAAGGAACGUACAAGCGAGGAGGCUUUAUAUAUUCAAAGCUGGUUGGAAGAAAAAGAACCAGCACGUUACAAGAUACAUCUAACAAGAGAAUUAAAAUCUCGAUUACACGAUUGGAAGAAUCUAGUCAAUUUGUGCCAGAAAUAGGUUCUCCUGCAAUUUGCAAAAUUGUAAACACAACACCAAGAUUCUGCAAAGCAGCAAUUCUCAGUGUGAAUGGAGUUGUUUUAAAAGAUGUGUUCAGAGGAAUGAUCAGAAGAGAAGAUGUCAGAGCUACUGAGAUAGACAAAGUUGAAAUGUGCAAAUCUUUUAGGCCUGGGGAUAUUGUUUUAGCUAAAGUACUCUCUUUAGGAGAUGCCCAGUCAUACUUAUUGACCACUGCUGAAAAUGAACUUGGUGUAAUUCAUGCAAAAAGUGAAGCAGGCCUGCCAAUGCUGCCUAGAAGUUGGUGUGAGAUGUAUUGCCCAAAAACUAAGAUCAUAGAAAACAGAAAAGUGGCCAAGGUUAAAGUUCUGAUGUAAUAUUUAUAGAAAACUGUGUAUUUAUGAAUAGCAAUAACAAGUUGUUAAUUUAAGUUUUGUGAAAUUAUACUGUCUCAAAACUAGGUAUUUUUUAUUUUUUGAACUUUUAGAUUGUUGUUAUUGGUGUGAGGGGCAAAAUUAAAAUCUGCCAAUAAUUGCCCUUUGGAAUUUGCAUCUUCCAAAAUUUAAUUUCUCUACCACCAUAAAAUUUGGUUACAAUUUCUGCUACAACUUGCUUAUGAAAGUAAUUUUUGUAUUUAUUAAUUCCCGGAAGAAGGAAAUUGGUCAAAAUAUAUGAUUCACAAUAUAGUUAUUGCACAAAUAAAAAUGCCUACUGUAUGCAUUGUGAGUUCAUGUAGGGGAAAGUCCCUAAAAUUUUGAAAACUCUUUGAUGUAUAUGAUGUAUAAUUUGUUAAUUUUGUUGAGAUUUAAUUGUGUUCUGAAACCAAGCCUUUUCUGCAGCCAAAUUAGCCAAGCCUUAUCUGAAUGUCACUAUGGAGCAAGACACAUGAUCAAAUGACCAGAAAAGGUCCUGUAGUUAUGAUGUCAUGGUCAAAUGCAGACAAAUGGUGCAUAUGGACAGGAAGAUGUGCAGCAUUGAGUUGCUUGGUUGUAUUUGCAAGUACGGUCAGCUUCACAUCUUGUGAACCUCAAUGCUGUAUCACAUGUUAUGGUGUCCUGGCGUGGGCAUCCUGAAAUUUCAAGCACAGGGCUUCAAGUAGUUUAAUUAUAGUUGCAGUGUUUUAAAGGCUAUAUUUUUUUUACUGGUGAUUGUUUAUAAUAAAUAUAUUUUUAAUUAUCAGGUUUUUAAGGGUUAUGAAAACACUGAAAUUGCAAUUAAAAAGGUUUCAAGUUAAAUUAACAUUUAAUGAUAAAUGAUGCAUCCAAGCUUAAAUGUGCUAAUAUUCAAAGACUUAAAGUUUUAUUAAUGCUGUAACUUUUUUCUUGUGUAUUGUGUUUUAUAAAUUUACUCUCAUUCUUGUAAUUUUUCUUAUAUCUGCAAAAGACCAAGUCAAUAAUUUAUAGAACUGACUUCUGGUGGCAAAAGUUUAAUCUUUUAUGCAGCCAGUUCAACAAUCAUCUGGAAACAAAAGCCUUAAACGUAACAUCUUAUUCUAAAAUUGCAGAUACAAAUAUUUUUUAAAGGCAAGUUAGGAGAAUGAAACAGUGGUUAAAAAAGUAAAGCAACAUUAGCUUAUCACAUGUUAUUAAACGCCAUAAACUGAACUGAGUAAUUAUCCGUUGAAUUUUAAAAUAUGAUGGCAGCAAACUGUUUUAAAGAGGGUGUAUCAGAAACAAAGUUUAUAGAAAAGGUUUCAAUAAAGUUUUAACUAACCAUAGCUAUAUCAUGAUUUAGUGAAGGAAACUGUGGAAGCUUGAUGGUCAUAUUAGCAAACUGAAUUGGCAUGCAAUACAUUAAGCUGCGCCAUGGGCAGCUUUUCAUAAAGUAAUGAUAUAAAUAUGUAUGUUACCCAUAAACUGUCUGUAAAUGUAGCUCCUCUCUUUCGCAUAACGCUCAGCAAGAAGCUUCCAAUAUUCACUCCACAAUUGUCUGUUCCACACUCUUCUAGUAAGUAUUGGAUUCACUGUCUUUUUUAAUAGUAAUUGAGUGGGUUGUUUGUUCCUUUCAAAAAUUCUGUUGGGAGGCUUAGGUCCUAUUAAUUGUUUUCCUAAAAAUAACAAUCUAUUGUUUAAAAUACUUCACAGGCUCAAUCUUGACUUAUAUUGUUGAGAUAUAUUUUUUUAUCUAUUGUUUGUUCAUUCAAAAGAGUAAAAUGAAUAUGUUUAUUUCAUUCAUUUUAUACUAUUUAUCAAGUUGCACGAGCUUCCAGAAAAAUAUAACACUAUUUUGCAAGCUGAAUUAUUUGAUAAAAGCAUUCAAUAACAAAAAACGUUCGAAAAUAAAAUGAAAAUCCGCAAAAAAUAAUAAAGAUCAUAGAAGUCAAAGGAUGCUCUUGAAAGUUUUUAAGGGGGGCUGACAGUUUGGUUUCCCUAUUUAGCUCAUUCCAUAGUUUACCGCCACGAAACAAAAAAGGAUUUCUGACCCCCAACCCCCCUCCCUUGUUGUUGCAAAGAAAUGUUGAACUUUUGUUUGUUGGUCUUAAAGUUCUUUUAGUAACGUCAGAAAGUAUUUGAAAGCUAGAUCAGUAAGGGAAUCGAGGACCAGGUCGAGUAGUGAUUUAUAGAAUUCAGAAUGUCCUUAACCAACGUCAAGUCAAGACUCUGCAAUUGAAGGUAAGAAGAGCAUUGUGUCUGCUACCAGCCACGCUGUUCGCAGCCUGUUCCGUAUUUUCUGUAAGCUAUUGAGUCUAUUUUCGGAACAGGCAUCCUAGGCAGAACAGCAGUGAAAAUUUCAGGGAGAGAACCCAUCAAGUGCGUAUGUGCCGUAUUUUGAAGACGUGCAUCUAAUAAAAGUAAUACUGAGCACUAUAGAAUAUUCUUAUCUCAUGAAAAUAACUGUUUUAUCCACGAGUCGCACAUUUAUCGAUGCCAAAUUAACCAGAGCUAAACACACUUUGGUGUAGUUCUGAGGGGGCCGAUGUUACGGAUUCUAUAUCUUGCAGUUGCAAAAAGAAUAAUGAAUUUCAAACCUUUAUAGAAAUUCAAACUUUGACUGUUUACUCUUGCAUUUGGAACCCCAGCUUUUUUGUAUAUGCCUAUUUGUAUAUAAAGCAAAAAAAUAAAUACUUGAAGUAACUCAGAAAAGAGGCAUAUAAAGAUGUAAAUAAACUAGAUAAAUGCCUAUCUAGAAAGCUAGAGUAAUAAAACUUCUAAAUUGAAAAAAAUGUGAAUACAUACUGAAGCAUUUUUCAUUUGGCCCGGCACUCUUUGUAUUACAAAGCUCAUGCAACGGUUGAAAGGCUCCAAGAAGAGCCCAAGUAAACAAAAGAGCCACAGAAAAUAAACAUUUUGAAAAUUGGAUCAAUCUGCAUAUUAUUCAGUUGAGUCUUUUCAAACAAAAGUUACUUCAUUUUCUAAAAGGGUAUGCAAGCUGCAAGAUUCUAAAAGACUCUAAAGAAACUAUCAAAAGAAAAAUUCAUCAUGUCACUUGAUUUAGAGUGUAUUUACAUUUAAAAUCUAUUUUGAACAUCAGUCGCUGGAAUAUUUGAGUGUGUGUCCAUACAAGAUAUCAUUAUUAAGGUACAAAAUUGCUCUGACAGUCUCCUGAUUGGAACCAUAUCUUAAAAAUUUUGCAGCGUACUUAUAAGAUUUUGCUGUUUAUACAGAAAUAGUUCUCCUCUUGCAGUAGAGAUGAAACAUUAUAAUGAUUUUGUAGCAAAUUGACUGUUUUAAUUUUUUUUCAAAAAUCCAAAAUCAAACAAUUUGGAAAAUAAAUACAAAGUUCUCCAAAAUAGCGGAUUGGGUAUGCAGAAUGGACAUUUAUUAUUUGCAGAUUAUCUUGUAGCAUUGCUCCUUUGGUGUAGUACAUAACACUACAUAACACUGCUGCCUCUCACGACAGUUGACAGACACGCACUGGUUUGAGCUCACGCUGUUCGGGCCUUGCAGCAAGAGAAAUAUUUAACAGAAAUCAGGUAAAGGACAAGGAAGUCCUAGGAACAUCAAAACAUAAAGAAAUAAUGGAAUUUACUGCAUAUACCUAAUCUAAUUAACUGCAUAUACCUAAUCCUUUGGCAAUGUUUCUAGUAAGAAAUUUUGAACAAUAGUUAUAUUUCCUGUGAUUAGGCACUGACAAUAUCAAAAUUCAACAGAAUAUGAUAAUACUUACCGGCUUUUGUGUAGUCUUCAAGUGCCAUUUGGCGUCCCGCACCAUACCUUUGAGCUUCACUGAUCACGUGAGUUAUCUGCUGCUUUUUGGACUCUUUUGUUUCGAUACCUGAGCAAAAAUAUCUAAAAAAUUAGCAUAAUUAAUUUCAUUUACAGACUGAUCAACCUCAUCUGAAAUUUAGCUUGAGAUGUCACCUAUUUACUAAUUCUAUGGUUGGUUCUUGGCAUACCAUUGAUUAUCUACGUUAAAAAUUGAGAUAAAAAUUUAUGUUCUUCAUUCCGAGCGACCAGAAAAUACAUUCUUAGUACUUUAUACAUGCUGAAUCUUAAAAGUCCCAUGUGAAUCUUAAGUCUGACUCAGACAUCUGUUCCUUGUCUAUAAGCUUCUUGAUUUGUGCAACCUCUCAUACUUCUCAAUUCCGUAGGCCCAAUAUUUUGCAUUGAUUAGGUCUAUAAUAUGCUAUUUGUUAUUGAAUUCUUGUUAUGCUUAGAUACACUUAAGCCUCACGUUUUUAUCUUCACUACAAGUUGAAUUAGUUUGCUGUUAUAUAGAAAUUCCAUGAUAGGCCAAUUAUGCUCUGGUAAUGUUUUGAAAAUAAACUUAACAACAUAUGUACCUAUGACAAUAGAUACUGGAAAAAUUAAUUGCUUCUGAUGCUAAUUUUCAAGAAACAAGAUUUGAAUUCGACAGUUUUGCUAAAUGAAAUCGAACAUUUUUGACAAAUCAAACCACUGGAAAAUUUCAUACUUGACAGAAACGACAUUAAGGACCGUUGUUUUUUCGAAUUAUCUCAUCAAAGUUUGAACACUGAUAAAUUAUUAUUCUUCAAAAGGAUACCCACCUCCACCAAGAAUAUUGAGGACACUUGUCAACAUUGCCUGAUUGUUGAUAUGCUUAAGUACAUGGGCAUCUCCAGAACUGCUCUGCCUUUGUUGACUUAUAUUGCUUUUCUUUAGAUUUGUCACUUUGAACAAAACAUUUGUGGUAAAUUGCAAAGAAUCAACUCUUUUAUAAAAAUAGGUCUCAGAAACUGGUACAUGUAAAUAUAUGUGCAUAUUUUUUAUAUUUUAUAUGAUUUAUGUUCUGUUUUCUAUAUGUUAUCAUAAUUUUCAUAUGGCUGUCUAAAGUACUCAACUUAUCGGAGCGAUUAGUUAGACUAACACAAAUCUGAGUUGUACGUGUAUACAAUCCUCUGUCCUAUACAUGUAUACAUGCAAAUCUAGUUAUCAACAUGCAAAUAUGUUAAGACUGACGAAUAAAUCAUUUAGAUGUAUUUAGUAUUUUCAUUAUCAAUCUAAGUGGGAUAUUCCUGGAUUUUCUUCUUAUAUCGAUUGUAAAACUUACAGGCUUCGACCAAGACUUGUCCAUGUCCUUUUGCCGGAUUAAGACUAGCUGCUGCUUUGUCUGUGACAACAGGGAGGACAAUAGUUUUCAACGGGGUGUGUUUCUGCUUGUAUGCAAGUUCUGUAAGAGAAACAACGCCUAAGUUUAUGAAUAAAGUAUCAUACAUCUAAUUUCUAGUCUUGAUGCAAUUAUUUCAAAAGGGGCUUACACCAUAGCAUUAUGGCCUUUAAACUGCCAAAAACAGAACUAAACAUUCCAACAUUUCAAGAAAAAAUGAUUUAGAAGCAACUUGCUGCCAAGUUGAAGCUAAGAUUAUUAGAGCUUAUUUAGGCAGGGAAUACCUGCCUUUUUCAUUUGCUUAAAGCCUAAGAUAAAGAGAAAAUUUUUUUUACUUACGUACAAUUUAUUUACAUCAAUCGUUAUUAUAGUAUCAUAUUGUACCGCACGCAAUCUAGUAUAUUUCAUGAAAGAUCUGUGAAAAGAACAUUGCCCAAGUGAGAAAUGAUUCAUAAUUACUUAUAAGGUACCUUGUUUCUUCUUUUUAACUUGCGCUAAUUGCAAUCGCAAGACUUUCUUUGUGAUAAAUGUCAUUACAAAACCCGUUCCUCCAACCUUUGCAUUUCCUGAGCGAAAAACGAGUGUAAAAGAGUCACUUUUAAUCGUUGCUUCUUGCGUAUCCUGUCUUCCACAUAGCUUCUCUGAAAUCCCGUCGUGAUAGAAUUCCAAGAAGUCAUCUUCACAUUGAUUGCUUUCUCUAAAACAAAAAAAUCACAACACGGAAAGUGCUAGAAUAAAAUCUAAAUCGUUAAAGGUUUUAAAGAUUGCUUUAGCAGGGCUGGGUAUAUUAACUUAAUGUUUUUUGCAUUCAUUCAGCCAAGGAACGUGAGACCCACGCUAUGUCGAGCCCAGAAAUACCCCCAUUUUAAGCAAAUGGAAUAGAAAUGCUAUAGAACAAUAUAUUGUACCCUGGUAUUCGAAAUAAAAAUGCCAGGAUUACAUAAAAAUCUACAGUAUUGGGAAAAUUCUUGCAAAAACAGGUACAAGUAAAACGUGAAGAAGCAAGUCAACAGAGACUAUAAUGAAUAGUCAACAUAUAUAAAUUUGGGUGAAUCAAUAAACUCUGAUUAGAUAUUAUUCAAUUAUUAUUUUUAAAUAAACUUUGCCUUCGGUUAUAGGGUGGUUGUCUAAGAAAAGAAACGUUAACAUCCGGACAUGAUUGAGUGCUGAUGGUCAAACUCAAACUAAUAUAAUUAGUGUUGAUGUCAGGUACUUAAAGAUACUCAAAACUCACCCUUUAGAGCCUACGUUAAAACCUUUCAUGGCUAUAAUAAAACCACUCUUGUCCAUUGCAGAGACUGUCACCUUGCAGUAUUCAUUGGCAGGAUAGGCUUCGGGAUAGUUGGGUGAGGUCAGGGCACCAAAUGAACUUUUAAUGAGCUUAGUGUUUGCAUCGCAGAUAUCUGCAAAAAGAAUUGGAUUGAAAAUAAAAUUGCUAUACUGCUUGAAACACAGAAACCUAUAACAAGACCAAAAUAUAUUACAGAUUCUUAUUGUUAAUUUUGCAGUGUGGUCAUCAGUUUUAUUUGUUAAUUUAGAGAUAAAAACAUAAAAAAAGAUCCUUCAGCUUCUUCAGUGCGAUUCAUGUGGGAUUAAGAAAUUGCUAUAAAUUUUGAUUAUAUAACCACCUCUAUCAAAGAGCUUUAUACAAAGUGUGAAGAUCAUGUUUAUAGCUAAAAUCAUGAAGCUAUAUUUGGUGGGACGUGUAAACUUCAUAAAAAUGUCAUCAAUGCUGCACAAUGUUUUUUUGUACAGUACAAUGCUGUGGCCCACAGUGCUAUUGGCAUUAGGGCUUGAUUAACAUUUGAAUACAUCAUUUGCGAAACAACCUGUAAAAUAAGCUGAAAAAUCUGAGAAUUGAAUGCAUGAUUGACAAAGGAAGAACAAAAUAGCCACCUGCAGAGCUUUUACAUCAGCAAGUACUAAAUAUUAAAAAAAAAGAAUUGCAUGAAAAUAUUCAGAGCAAAUGGUGGGAGGAAAACAGAAAUCGUAACGCACUGUCCCUUUUGUGCAUCAACUAUGAAUUUUAAAACUGCUGAUAGAGAAAUUGAGUGAAUUAAAGAAACAAAGUGAGGCAAAGACGGUUUUCAGUUGAGCGUGGUUUAACAAUUAAAAGUUGACUUCAUUGAACAGUUUUAAAACUUUUCAAAUUGCAUCACCACAAAUUCAACAAAAUAUAAUGCAGUCCAUUAUCGUUGUAUUAUUCUUACUUUUGCAAGUUGAUUAUUCAGCUGGACUAAACUGUUGGGAUUGUGAGAGUGACAUGGAUUGGAGCAAAUGCAAGUUGCUCAAGACAAAAGAGUGCGUUUGGCCACAGACAAGAUGUGGCAAAUUCUAUACCAAACAGGGAGCUGUGGAGACAUACAGACGUGAUUGCUUUACGGAGGAGUAUUGCCGCGUGAAGCCGCAAUGCACAUCGCAGUUUUCAAAAUGCGAAAUUAGCUGCUGCGAAGGAGAUGCCUGUAAUGCAGCUAAUGUUGCAACAAUUCCGUUGUGGUUGUGCGUAUUAUCAGCCAUGGGUGUUUAUCUAAUAUUCUGUCUGCAGCAAUAUUAAUAAGCAAAGAACUGAUCCUAUUGUAGAUUAAUAAUAGCUCUGACUUUUUUGAUUUAAUGAAUAUAAAUGUAAAUAGAAAGCAUAAAUAUAAGUGCCAGGACGGGCAUAAGGAUGGUGAUAUGAGAAUGGCUGAAAUGAAGCCUUUCCUAUCAACAGUAACAAGAGUUGCUUUCUUUCCUUGGAAUGUUUUUGGAACUAUAAACUAUGUAGGGUUUAGAAACAUUAAAGGUUACUAAAAUAUUGAGAUGGAGUUUAACAAAUAGAAAAGAGAGUUGAGAAAUACGCGAUAAAUAUUGUGAUCCAUAAGUCGAUUUGAA